AUGAUGAUGAUGAUGAUGAUGAUCGAUGAUGAUGAUGAUGAUGAUGAUGAUGAUGAUGAUGAUGAUGAUGAUGAUGCUGAGGAUGAUGAUGGUGAGGAUGAUGAUGAUGAUGGUGGUGUUGAUUAUAUUUAUGAUAAUACUGAGGUUGAUGAUGAUGAUGAUGAUGAUGAUGAUGAUGAUGAUGCUGAAUCUUCCAAAUCUCUCUGUAUGACUGACUUGCGACGUUGA